AUGUCGUCCCAGAUCGAGUACAAUCAGAUGCCAAGAGAGCCUGCGCCAGCCGUGCUCUCGGAACAAAAGAUUAGCUCUCAGCAACCUGUAUGUUCGCUCCCUUCGGCCAUCUCCAUACUUACCAUGUCGGUUUUGGGUUUCCCCUCUUCUCUGGUGAUUGUCGGGCCCGAAUCAGCCGAUGACGAUGGAUCAAUCAGCGAACCUGCGAGGUGGCGGCGAUGGCGGAGUAAGUUGAAAAAAAUCCGACCCAAUCCCUCCCCUUCUUCGAUAUUCCUACGCCGUCUGCUGUCUGCUGCGGUCUCUGCGCCGGCCUCUGUUGCUACGAAUGCUGCGAGUGCUGCUGCUGCUGCUGUUAAGUCGUAUCGCAACGUCACACGCCGAAGGCACUUUUGGGUGUCGUUUCCCUCGAGACACACCCGGAAGAUGGUCAACGCAGUAGACGUUACUUUCUGUUCUCAUUGGGAAUCCGCGGUGGUUUCAGGCGCAAACAUAUACCAGGGCAUCGAAUUUCAUGCCCGUGACAGUGUCACCUUUUUUAUUGUCCUGAUAUGGUAUCUCGACAGUCUCUUAUUCUUCUCCCCUCGAACUGAUUCUGGGCGCCUCGUGCAACGUCGACGCCCGCGGCUCCGGCACUACAUCGAGAUCUCGGAGCGCCGUUCGUCAGCGCGAAUCCGGGUGUUUCUCAUCAACCAUUCCAUCUAUAUUUUUACAACUUGGAGCGAACAUCCUUGGUAG